AUGAGUGAAUCUCAGAGUCCAGCUCAGGACCCUGAGAAAAGUCGAUCUGUCACACGCACGCAAAGUGUCAAGGGUGGAGAUGUACCAGAGACCAGUCUCGUCAAUAUCUUGGUCGUUUGCACGGCAUGCCUAGGAGGAUUCGUAUAUGGAUUUGCGGCUAACGCCCUCUCUGGCUCCCUCUCCCAAACAACCUUCAUUGCAAAGUUCUUGUCGACACCUGAUGCAACAUCUCGACAAGAUGGUAUGCUUGGAGGUUUCCUCGGAGGCGCCCUAGUUGGUGCUAUCCUACAGGCACCCCUAGCCAACAAGUUCGGUCGACGAAUCGCCAAUGCCGUUGCUGCCGUCAUCGUCAUUAUCUCGGGUGCCUUACAGGCUGGUGCCGUCGAUGCCACCAUGUUCAUCGUUGCGCGUGUCAUCUGCGGCGUCGGUGCGGGUAUGGUAUUCUCGAAUACCCCCGUGUAUAUGAGUGAAAUAUCGCCUCCACACACACGUGGAAUGUUGGUCGGUCUACAUGGUGUAGGAACGGUGGUCGCAUAUAUCCUGGCCGCAGUUUGCGCGCUGGCGUUCAGUUUUGUCACCACUGAAAUGCAGUGGCGAUUUAUCUUCAUCGUUCUGACUGCUGUGGGUGUUAUCUACUUGGUCACACUAUUCUUCAUCCCCGAGUCUCCUCGUUGGCUCAUGCAACAAGGACGUGACGACGAGGCGAGACAGGUGCUGGAAUAUCUGCAUCGUACUAAGCGAGACCCUAGAGCUGCUUUUGCUCUUGCUGAGGCGGUUCAAAUCAAGGCUCAGGUCGACGCAGAGAAAGAUACUCCGAGCGGCUAUCUCUAUAUUAUGCGCACAGCGUCUCAUCGCAAGCGCGCGCUCUGCUCUAUCCUGUUGUGGACUAUGGGUCAAGGAACUGGCAUCACUGCUAUCGCAAAUUUAAUUCCUACACUUAUGGGUGCACUGGGCUUUGGUACUACGAUGCAACUUGGACUUGGCGUUGUCUGGACAGUGUGCGCGGUAAUUGGUUGUGGAAUUAAUGUUUUCCUCCUCGAUAGAGUUGGACGAGUCAAGUUGUUGGUGAUCGGUGGGUUUGGCUCCGCUGCUAUCAUUAGUGUUAUGGCCGCUCUUGAAAAGUUCUACCUCAACACAACCUACACACCGGGCAUCAAUGGCGCCGUGGCCAUAUAUUUCAUCUUCGGUGCCUUCUUCACCUCCACCAUUGAAUGUACCGCAUACGUUUAUGGCUCGGAAAUUUGGCCGACACACCUACGCAGCGAGGGAGCGACCAUUGCAUUGGUCAGUUUCUUUGGCAAUGCUGUUGCAUACAGUGCGCCUGUUACACUCGCUCUUACCAAUAUCGGAUGGAAGUUCUAUAUGGUAUUUGUUGCUGUCACCGUUGCAAGUACUAUUGUCAUAAUGUUCUAUUUCCCUGAGACCAUGGGAUUGAGUCUUGAGGAGAUCAAUGGUAAGUUCGGCGAUAAGGUCGAGAUGGAGCUUCAGGAUGCCCUUGAUGUUGAGGAUACCAGCUCGCAACGCACAGUCUGA